CAUGUUAUUAUAUAUACAGGCACCACGCACAAGGAUAUUUGCACAUUCCUCCUCCAACCCCCUCUCCUCUCUCUCUCUCUCUGCGUGUCAAAAAUGGGUGCAAAAUUCUUCCUUUGCCUAUUCGUGGUGCUUCUGUUAGGCAGCAAAUCAGAUGGGUAUGAGGAGAACGACAGCCGCCACCACCGCCACCACCACCAUCACCACCACCACCACCACCGUCACCGCCUCGGCUACUCCCAGAAGGUGCUCUUUGUCUUUGGAGACUCUUAUGUGGACACGGGAAAUAUAAAUCAGUCGCUGUCUAAGUCUUGGAAGGACCCAUACGGCAUCACCUUCCCUGGAAAACCUUCCGGCAGGUUUUCCGAUGGCCGCGUCUUCACGGACUUCGUCGCUGCGUAUAUGGGUAUCCCGAAUCCUGUUACCUACAGGGUAAGGGAAGUUGCCGGAAAGCGAAAACAGUUCGGCAUGAAUUUUGCGUAUGGAGGAACCGGCGUCUUCAACACGCUCGUUGCGUUGCCAAACAUGACCACACAGAUCGAUUUUUUCGAGAAACUCAUCAAAACGGGCGUGUACGAUGAGACCGAUCUCAAGUCCUCCAUCGCCCUCGUGUCGGUUGCCGGCAACGAUUACAGCGCUUACUUAACGAAGAACAAUGGGAGUUUCGCGGGUUUGACGACCUUCGUGGAGGCGGUGGUGAACCAGACGGCGGCGAACGUGAAACGGAUCCUGGGGUUGGGGGUGCAGAAGGUGGCGAUGAUGGGGAUGCAGCCGUUGGGCUGCCUGCCGACGAGAACGAGGGCGACGUCCUACAAGAGCUGCGAUGCGCAAUCCAACAUGGCCGUCGCCUACCACAACGAGCUGCUGCGGAAGGCCGUCGGUUCCAUCAAUGCAACCCUCAGCCCACCAUCCAAGAUCGCCAUCCUCGAUCUCUAUGGCUCCUUCAACUCCGUACUGCAAGGUUCCAAAUUCAAAGACCCAUUGAAGCCGUGCUGCAGGGGAGUGAACUCGAGCUUUACAUGCGGUAACGUGGACCAGCAGGGGAAUAAGCUGUACGAGCUGUGCUCGACACCAGUGUCCACCUUCUUCUGGGACGAAGUGCACCCAACCCAAGACGGCUGGACCACAGUGGUCCCAUCUCUCAUGCCUACUCUCCAUGCCCUCCUGUCCUAAUGAGUUUCCAUUUUGUGAUCAGCUGAGAGAGUGUCCAAUAAGCACAAUAGAUUUCACUCUGCCAUCUUUCUCGAGCAAUUUCAUUAAUAAAUGCAAUAAGUGCAUAGUGCUCUCAAACUCUGCAAUUUAAUAAAUUUAUUUAUGCUUUUA